AUGUUAUAUGCUAAACUGUCUACAUGUGAGUUUUGGAUGAAAGAAGUCCAAUUCUUGGGGCACGUAAUAUCUGCUCCUGGUAUCGUUGUAGAUCCUUCUAAAGUUGAAGUUGUAUUACUUUGGGAACGUCCUAAAUCUGUAAUGGAGAUAAGAAGCUUUGUGGGACUGGCAGAAAAGCAACUGUCGGAUGCUAAGAUACAGAAAAUAGUGAAAUUGCUCGGGUAUGAAAAAGCUAAAGACUUUGUGAUGGGAAUGAAUAGGGUGCUGAGAUUUAAGAACCGAGUUUGUAUUCCAAAGGAUCCAGAGUUGAAGCGUGUCAUUCUUGAGGAAGGACAUAAGAGUCGUCUUAGCAUGCACCCCAUCAUGACUAAGAUGUACCAUGAUUUGAAAGAGUCCUUUUGGUGGUCAAGAAUGAAGCAUGAUGUAGCUCAGUUCAUAUCCUCUUGCUUGACUUGUCAGAAGGCGAAAGUAGAACAUCAAAAACCAGGAGGAAUGUUGUAA